AUGGGUGCCGUCGUAUCUUGCAUUCAAUCCAUCUUCCGCACCAUCGGAAACUGCCUCAUGGCCAUCGUGCAUGCCAUCGGAGCUGCUUGCACCGCUGUCAUCAACGCCAUCGUCGCGCUCUUCGACAUCGUCAUCUCUUGCUUGACUUGCGGACGCGGUGGAAGCAGGCGACGAGGCAUGAAGACUCGUACCCGUCAUACUACUAGUAGAGUCUAG